UUCAAAAGAAAAGCAGAAGAAUUGGGGAAACUAACAGAGGAAAACAACGUCAAAGUUUACAUACCAUUCGCCAAACGCGGAUACGAGAAAAGAAACCGGAAUAUUUGCUCAACCUACGGAUCGACUCGCGCAGAAAUAUUGGCAUUCAGUUCGAAAAUGGUCCAAUCCAACGUGACUGUCUUGUUGCCGAUCGUCGACGAUUUCGACAGACGAGAGUUGACAAUUUUGCAAUUUGACCUGGAGAAAUUACUCAAGAAAUCCGCUCCUCGGACCAAAAUUCUGCCGAGUUUAAUGUACUCGAACGAGUCGGAAACUGCGGCCAAAUUGGCAGAAACUGUGAAGCAAUAUCCUGACGUUUCCGUGAUUUUCUGGGGCGAUGGGGAUUCUGCAGCUGGUUUACUGGAAGAAAUGAUUCACUACAAACAGGUCAAAGACAGGCUGUGGUUAUUUCCGGAAGCACAUUUCUGGAUUGACCAGUUGCAGGCAAACGAAAUCGCGUGGGACAUCGCGAGAGAAAUAGGGGUUUAUUCUGUUGCGUUUCUGGGCUUCAAUGAAACUGGAUUAUUCAGACACAAACUAAUGCAGCACCUGAACAAAAAACUGGGCAAAGGAGCUUCAUUCCACGAGACAGCAGCGUUUGACGCAGCGCUCGCAAUAGCCAAUGCGGACAAACCCAGUAAUAAACGCGGGAUCACGGGCAUCAUCAAAUUCGACGCAUUUGGCAAUCGCGAUGAGACCAGUGGUGAUCAUGUUCGAAUGAUGCUGAUCCCUGACAUGAAUCGACACAACGAAGGCAUAGAAGACUUCAUUGAUGUUUUGCAUGACAGUCCGUGGCUCGCUGAUGGAGUAGUCAGUGUUGAGAUAGGAGUGAAUGCGACGAAUAAUAGUGGAGAGGAGAGAUUCGUAGUCACUCCCGUGCAGCAUGCGACAUCUGGCAACUUUCUCCGGAGGGAGUACUUGCGAGGGUUCAUGAACAAGAGCGUGGACCUUGGGUGCACCGAGUCUCGCGUGAAGAUCAAGGCCACUGACUCGCUGACCCAUAUGCCGAUAACACGUGACCUGAGCCCCGGGUCAUUCCCGGGAGUCAUGAUCAUACCCGGCGAUCACGGGUUUUCGGUGCAACUCCAAUGCCUAAAGGGUCGGGAUUCGUCAGAAGAAAACGUGGCCUUCGGGGCCCAUUUCGUGUGUCCUGCCAAAGACCCGAGCCAUGACCUGCCCUGUGUCCACUCGGUCACUAAAAGCGGAAAUCGUAUCAGCUCUGGAUCCCAGGUCGAGGGCAACCACUUCCUAUCCGGACAUGUGGAAUACGAGGAAGUGCCACGUGAGCAUAUGCAAAGGUACUUCGAGGCCUUCGGAUUCCUGGGUCCUGAAAGGGGGUUCCAGGUAUCAAACCCCCAACCUUCUGGAACGUUUUCGCGCACCAAGAGAGACCUGGAAACUAUUGAAACCCUUCAACAGCAAUUGCUCAGGGGGAAACCUGGCGACUACAGCAUCAAGGCAACAUCGUAUGACGAUGCCAUCAGCACCAGGAGUUCAUCAGGAGCUGCUGAGAAUGCUGGGGCUAAAAGCACGAGGAUGAUACGAGACUUGGGCAAGUAUUACAGUUACAAUACAGUGUUUGGGGACCUCUCUUCCUGGUACCCAGCAGUGCUGGCAGAGCUGGCCCAGGCGUACAACCUGUCCCAAGAAGAGACCAGAGAGGUUCUGACAAUGUCCAAGAGCUCAUACCUGCCUACAGUACUGCGCAGGGACUCAAGGGGACACGGUCGGUUUUCGUGGUUCAUAGACUCUCAGUUUGGAGCAAAGCUGAAAACACGAGAUGCCAAUGCAAUGCUAGGAUAUCACGCCUUGGCAACCCCAAUUGUCUGGGGUAUGAAACAAUCCCUGACAUUCUCAACCAUCGUCGACAGGGUUGCCAAACCGUGGAUUCAUCAGAUGGCAUUCGAAGAAGGCCUUUUGGAGUCGGGUUCUCAUUUCGGAGAAAUCUUCAUGAACUAUGGUGUACCUCUUUGCUCCUGGGUUGGGACCCAUAAUCCCACAGGUUUGGUUUACCCUGCCCCACUGUUCCCAUUGAGACUCGUAAAAGGCGGACGAUAUCCGGAAGACAACGCGCAUUCUUGCGUGAGGUCCUCCAAAGGUGAUGAUAAACGUGUUUACAUAUAUGGUGGACACUUGUUCGUGGAUGGAGAUGCUGCUUGCGUUCAGAUUACGAGACGAGGGAAGAAUGGUCGAACAGCCGCUGUAGAUUCCCCUGUGCCAGCCAAAAGCACCAAGUAUCCAUAUCCUCCAUAUGCCAAAUGGCUAGGAAGCUCUGUUACAGCACAAGCUGCUUGCAUGGGUGCCAGCUUGGCAUGCAUAUUCUGCACACUCAUCAUGGAGGCAUCUGGUGUAGCUAGUUUUGCCUGUUCUGGAGCUUACUCUCAGUUUGGAGCAAAGCUGAAAACCCGGGAUGCCAAUGCAAUGCUAGGAUAUCACGCCUUGGCAACCCCAAUUGUCUGGGGUAUGAAACAAUCCCUGACAUUCUCAACCAUCGUCGACAGGGUUGCCAAACCGUGGAUUCAUCAGGUGGCAUUCGAAGAAGGCCUUUUGGAGUCGGGUUCUCAUUUCGGAGAAGUCUUCAUGAACUAUGGGGCCAGGAUGCAACCCACACAUUUCGCGUGCUGGCAUUGCAGGACCCAUAAUCCCACAGGUUUGGUUUACCCUGCCCCACUGUUCCCAUUGAGACUCGUAAAAGGAGGACGAUAUCCGGAAGACAACGCGCAUUCUUGCGUGAGGUCCUCCAAAGAUGUCCUGUUGCGAUCGGCGGCUAUGAUUGAAGACCUAGGGGAAAUUACGUCAUUGAACGAAUGCCGAUUUUGGAACAGAUUUUGGCUCUGGGACCGAGUGCAAGUUUGCGCUUGCACCGGUGCAUUUUGCAACACUGGAAAUCUGUACCGUUACGAGGUGAUCACGAAUGCAGUGAACAAUGCUCCUCUGGGUGUGAGGCCGGUUCCGGAAAACGAAUAUCCGGUUUUCGAAAAACCGGAAAGAGGUGAUAUCAGUACCCAAUUGGCGUGCUGGACCUGCAGUUCCGUGAAGCAAGACCUUUUGCCGAAAGACGGGUUGCCAGAGAUCACGACGAAGCUGGACGGGUUCUCAGAGUGUAAACCGUAUUUACAGGGUGUUUUCGAUCAGGCCACUAGCGAAUUCGGGGAAAUCACGCGAUUUGAUCCCGAGGAUAAUGCCCAUUGUCUUGUCAUUGAGUCUGUUGAUGUGUACCGUUACGAGGUGAUCACGAAUGCAGUGAACAAUGCUCCUUUGGGUGUGAGGCCGGUUCCGGAAAACGAAUAUCCGGUUUUCGACAAACCGGAAAGAGGUGAUAUCAGUACCCAGUUGGCGUGCUGGACCUGCAGUUCCGUGAAGCAAGACCUUUUGCCGAAAGACGGGUUGCCAGAGAUCACGACGAAGCUGGACGGGUUCUCAGAGUGUAAACCGUAUUUACAGGGUGUUUUCGAUCAGGCCACUAGCGAAUUCGGGGAAAUCACGCGAUUUGAUCCCGAGGAUAAUGCCCAUUGUCUUGUCAUUGAGUCUGUUGAUGGUAUAGCAUUGGUUAGGGGGUCAACAAGUUCCCCGUCAUUUGCGAAGUUGCAAAUGGGCGUGUCGCCAUUUUACGGAGUCAAGAUUUGCAUAUGCGAUUACAGUUAUUGCAAUGCGCUUUGCGACAGUAACGACGGCGUUUCCCUGCACAGACUCCAACAAAGGAAUCCCUUGUUGAUUGCCAUUGUGUUGGUGAAUUCACUGUUGAUUGUUCGAGUCUUCUUUCGAUAUGCCAAAAUUGUUGGCGGAUCAGCGAUUGAAAAACUCUUUGGGACUCUGGAAACAUGAAAAUAAAUGCGAGUGAGAAAUGAAUGGAGCAAAAAAAUUGA